GUGAGUAAAUUGUUAUGAAAACCUAGGACAACUCAAAUUCUCUCUAAUAGAUUAACGGAUUCACCCAUUUGAGGUUUCCAUCAACGCGCCAAUAGUUUACCCCCAAUUUCACAUAAGUAAGCUUCAGGGUUCAGUUAAACCCACAAAACUUAAACCCACAAAACUAGUAAACUUCCCUUCGAGUUCGACACUCCACUGUGAUUCUGUGAAUUGGAGGCUUUUCUCUGUGCUUUUAUAAGCUGGUAAUGGAUAUCAAUGAUGUGGAUGAUGAAGACUUUGGAUUCUCUAGAAAUUACUUCUUGGCAAAAGAAUCAGGCACUUCUGCCAAAAAAUCAGGCCAUAAACUCUCUGAUAUUGACCUUGUUCCUGAGGAAGAACUUAGAGCAGCGGCUUUGGAUCUCAAACCAAAGCAUGCCAAAGAAGUUAAAGCUUUGAUGGAUAGCUAUAGAAAUUUGUAUCAAGAAUGGGUUUUUGAACUCAGGUGCGGGUUUGGCCUUCUCAUGUAUGGUUUUGGAUCAAAGAAAACUUUGAUUGAAGAUUUUGCUUCAACGGCUUUGACAGAGUACUCGGUGCUUGUAGUCAAUGGUUAUCUUCAAUCAGUAAAUAUCAAACAGGUUAGUGUUGCAGCAGCUGAACUUUUCUGGGAACAAAUCAAAACCAGAAAGAAAUCAACUGGGAGCUUGUGUAAAGUUCAACAACCAUUCAGCUCUAAAUCCACAGAUGACCUGUUUGCUUUUCUAGAUGGAUCACUAACCGAGGAAGAUGAUUCUUUCAUUUGUAUUCUUAUCCAUAAUAUUGAUGGACCUGGUUUACAGGAUUCAGAUACGCAACAAUUUCUUGCAAGGAUGGCUGCUUGUUCUCAUGUUCGAAUAGUGGCUACAAUCGAUCACGUGAAUGCAUCUUUGUUAUGGGAUAAAAAGAUGGUGCACACACAAUUUAACUGGUGCUGUCAUCAUGUCCCAACCUUUGCACCGUACAAAGUUGAAACGAUGUUCCUUCCUUUAAUUCUGGCGCACAGUGGUGGUGCGCAAAGUGCAAAAACAGCUGCCAUAGUUCUACAAAGUUUGACACCAAAUGCUCAAAGUGUGUUCAAAGUUCUUUCUGAGUAUCAACUGGCUCAUCCUGAUGAAGAAGGCAUGGCAGUGAACAAUUUAUACACAAUUUGCCGAGAGCGCUUCCUUGUGAGUAGUCAGAUCACUCUGAACUCCCAUUUAACAGAAUUCAAAGAUCAUGAGUUGGUCAAGACAAGAAAACAUUCUGAUGGUCAGGAUUGCUUGUAUGUUCCUCUCUCAACGGAAGCUAUUGAGAAAUUGUUGAUGGAGAUUAGUCAGUAGAUUCUUGCCAUGAAUUCUCUGGUAUGUCUGUAGUAGGAAUAUCAUUAUACCUGGGAUCUCAAUAUGGAAUGUAAUCGAAAAAAAUGAGAGGAGAUACGUUUGAUUCUUGAGAGAAGUUAUUGAAGUUGCUCUGGUGCAUGAUAUCUGUAUGAAGCUUCUUGUAUUUUGGACGAUUCUUGCUCAACUCUCUCUGUUGUCAAGUUACCUAUCAUCAUGCCAGAAGUCACUUCCAUGUUUGGACGUUCCACUUGUGCUUUUUGUUAUUCUAUGCGAUCUUACUUCCUCCGUUUUUUUCUAUUAA